UUUAAAAUGGAGUACACCAGAACAUGCAAAAAGUGUGGAGUUCAAUCAGUCAGACAGGAACAAUUUACUAAUCUGUCUCUGGACCUGGUUCCUGGAGGGUGUAUUGAAGACAUGAUUGAAAAAUAUCUUCUGGAGGUGGAGCUGGAAUACAGCUGUGAGUGCGGAGGAAAGUCAUCAGGCCAGACUUUGACCUUUGCAUCCCUGCCAAAAAAAUCUAUGACCCUGUGCAGAUACAGAGGGACAUAGUUGUGUCAUCUAAAAUGGGUGGUGGCUGUUUCAGUCUGGUCAGCGCCAUCAGUCAUUCAGGCAGUACUGGAGAAGG